GGGUGGAGACUUGACUUGACUAAAAGAGACAAGAGAGAACUCUGCUGCAGUCUUCGCUGAAGGAGUGGAAGCUUGCAAGAAGCAUCAUGGCUGCAAGGUUGUGUGGAGUCCUUGCCCUCCUUACUGUGUUUCUCAGUGGACUGAACGCAUCAAGACCAGCUGUAAACCAGGAACUGUCCAACCUUUUCAAUGAGCUGUGGACACUGGAUGUGAAUCGCAUGACGCCUGGGAUAGAUUACACAAUCUCUGUUCAAGGUAGAGCCAACUUUGUGAACCAGGGCAGCCAUGUUGUCCAGGAUCGCGCCUCACAGCCUCUGUUCUCCAAUGUCAACGAAGAAAAACUGAAGAACAUGACCACCUUCUCCCUGUUAAUGAAACUCCUGGACAACUAUGAGGUCUCCACAGGUGUGGCUGAACGAGUCACAACAGAGGAGCUGACUGAGAUUAAUCUCUUCCUGGAUGCCGUCUUACAGACAGCAGUCAUGAAGCGGGCUCAUAAGUACCUGGUGAGCAAAAGACAGUCCAGCCAGGACCUGAGGGUCUUCAAGAACCAGCUGCGUUUGAUCUGGUUCCACCUCUACCACAGACAGAGAAAUGCCGGCCUGGACUCAUGCGGAUUCGAGCAUGUGUUUGUUGGAGAGACAAAAUCUGGAACAGAAAUCAUUGGUUUUCAUAACUGGGUCCAGUUCUACCUGCAAGAAAAUAGCACAAACUUGGACUACAAAGGAUACAAAGCCAGGAUCCAGGACUUACCCGAUCAAGACGACCACGUUCUGAACCUCCAGUUCAGCUGGCACGGUCUGGUGAAGCCCGUUGGCAGCGCCUUCAUCGGGACCAGCCCUGAGUUUGAGAUGGCGAUCUUCACCAUCGUGUUCCUCAUGAACACUGAGAGGAGCACCACGGUGCUGGUCAACAUCGACCAGUGUCAGAUGGAGCUGGUGGUCAUCAGACACGGACGCUCCCUCGGGACGGCGUACCCCAAACUGCUGAGCAGCAACAGCAGACACAUCAGGCAGCACUCACACUGAUGUGGAGCAGCUUUCAUACAAAGUGAUACUCACACACUUAUAAUGUUCAUGCCCAAGAAUCAAAUGCACUGUAGUUUGGUUAAAAGGGCAUGUGGGUCAUUUUUUAUCAAAACUGUAAACAAGGUUAAUUUGUCAUAAAAAGCUACUUCAAUAAAAGUUAUUAAUGCUUUUUUAAUACACAUAUUUGUUGUGUUUAUGAAAUGUGCUCAACAAAUAAAAUGAUUUUCAUUUAA